ACUCACCAGCGUCCCCCCGCAGCAGAGCCGGUUUCCCAUGGUGCUCAUCUCCAAGGCAAGCCCAGCUGUUUUUCUACAUAAAGAGGCUAAGCAUUUCCUGGUUCCUGGUUUAGCUUUCGCCCGCCUGUGGAGUCUGUCAAGUGUCAGAUUUCAACCUAGCAGGUUGGACUUUGGAAGCCACCUGCUGGAUGGAUUCCCAGGUGACUCUCCAGCCAAAGGGUAGAGGAGCGCAUACUGGCUCCAGAACCUUCACAAGACUGUGUAUAUAAAGGCCUGGCUGUCACUGCAGCUGAAAGAGCUGAACAGCCAGCUGACUCCUGACACUUUCCAAGCCACCAUGGACAUCGCCAUCCACCACCCCUGGAUCCGCCGUCCUUUCUUUCCUUUCCACUCCCCCAGCCGUCUGUUUGACCAGUUCUUUGGGGAGCACCUGCUGGAGUCGGACUUUUUCCCUUCCACAUCCCUGAGCCCCUUCUACCUACGGCCAUCCUCAUUCUUUCGGACACCCAGCUGGAUUGACAGUGGACUCUCAGAGAUGCGUCUGGAGAAGGACAGGUUUUCUGUCAACUUGGAUGUGAAACAUUUUUCCCCUGAGGAACUCAAGGUCAAGGUGUUGGGGGAUGUGAUUGAAGUGCAUGGCAAGCAUGAAGAGCGCCAGGAUGAACAUGGUUUCAUCUCCCGGGAGUUCCAAAGAAAAUACCGGAUUCCAGCUGAUGUGGACCCUCUUACCAUUACUUCAUCCCUGUCAUCUGAUGGGGUCCUGACUGUAAAUGGACCAAGGAAACAGGCCUCUGGCCCUGAGCGCACCAUUCCCAUUACCCGUGAAGAGAAGCCUGCUGUCACUGGUGUCAAGAAGUAGAUGCCCUUUGUCUCCCUGCAUUUUUAAAAAUGAUUAAACAAGAAAAUUUUUCCCAUCAGUGAAUGGAAAUCUUGUGACUAGUAAUGAAGCUUAUUAAUACUAAGGGCAGGCCCAAAUUAUUAAGCUAAUAAAGGAUCAUUUAAUAAAGAU